AUGAAGGAAAAACCUGUGCAACACCUCAUUGAGGAUACAAGUGUCGAUACAACAGCUGCACCUUCGGAUGACGAUGCUAAACGACUUGAAAGUCUUGGAUACAAGCAAGAAUUUGAUCGUGAAAUCAGCCUCUUUGUUCAAGCUGGUUUUGCAUUCUCUUGCAUGGGCGUCUUACCCAACUGGCUGGUAGGAUUUGCUGGCACCAUGAAUGCUGGAGGGCCCAUGUCUCUCUUUUGGGGUUUUGUUGUUGUUGCACCCUUUGUUACCUUGAUAGCGUUGGCCAUGUCAGAAUUAUUCUCAGCUUUCCCUGUUAACGGGGGUGUUUAUUCAUGGUGUUAUCUCCUCAGCAGUCCAGAAUGGGGACCAUUAAUGUCAUGGAUAUGUGGAUACAUUUUCCUCGCUGGCCAGCUUAGUACGGCUAUGACUUUGGCUUACUCUUUAGGCGAAUAUAUAAUAGCCACCUGGAAUAUUGCCAAUACCUAUCAAAUUGAUAACCAAGGGGCCAACAUUGGUAUCUACGUUGCAGUGCUUAUCCUUGGUAUCACUGUGAAUGCUUGUGGCUUAAAGUUUAAUGCAUGGCUCAAUCGAGUGAUGAUUGGAUGGGUGACCAUUGGAACCCUCAUUAUUGUAAUCGCCACACCACUUAUGGCACCAACGCAUCCAUCUGGCAAAUGGGUGUUUUCAGAAUUCCAAAACUAUACCGGAUGGGACAAUGUUGGCCUCGUUUUCUUGCUUGGCAUGUCACAAGCCGGCUGGUGCUUGAUCGGAUAUGAAAAUGGAGCUCACCUUGCAGAAGGAACACGCAACGCUAGCCGUAGUGGUCCAUUUGGGAUUCUUUUUAGUAUCGUGGGAGCUGUAGUGCAAGCACUUGUCUUAUGCAUUGGUACAUUGUUCUCCAUACAAGAUGUAAAAGAGCUUCAAGAAUCCUCAUUCCCUGUUGCCACCCUAUUCUUACGAGCUACCAACCGUGAAAUGGCUGUAUUCUUCUUGGUGAUUGUCACAGUGACCCAAUUUGGAUGCUUGUGCAACAUCAUGCUGGCAGAAGCGCAAUUGAUGUGGUCCAUGUCGCGUGAUAAAUGCAUGCCGUACCAUCAUUUUUGGUACAAGCUACAUAGCAAACGUCGUAUUCCUUUACGCAUUAUGAUCUUACAAGCAUUCAUAUGCGCUAUUGUUAUCCUGCCGUCCUUAGGAAGCAAGGUUUAUUGGUCAGCUAUCAUGAGUACAGCCAUCAUUUGUAUCAAUGUAUCCUAUGGACUACCCUACGUUUGCCGCUUGAUCUGGUCUCGGGAUAAGCUUCCCAAGGGUCCAUUUAAUCUCGGCAGAUGGAGUAUACCCAUCAACAUCGCUGCCGUUACCUGGGUCGUGUUUUUCAGCGUUGUUCUUUGUUUCCCCUCUACUAAUCCUGUCAACCCCAUCACUAUGAAUUGGUCUUGUUUGAUGGUGGGAGCCGCUUUCCUUUUGUCAUUGGUGUUUUGGUUCACUUAUGGACGAGAGCACUACCAAGGCCCUGUACAGACACUUCAAGGCGAUAGCAAGUAG